CUUUGAAGCACUGAAGUUUCUGAUGUACACACAUACAUCUCUAAAUAAUGCGUAAGGACGUGUUUCUGUCCUCGGAGACUGAAUUUUCAAUCUUAUGGAAUAAUUUCUUCUCCAUACUGGUGUAGUGUGUGUGUAGCCAUGGCUGCACAAUUGGAGGCAACCACAAGGGAAAUGAGUCAGUCAGAGGUGCUGAUUAGUCCAGACAAAUCUUCAGUUUUAGCCUUAGCACCCUCUGGAGACACAGGGAUGACAGCAUUGGGUCCCAAACCCUACCUCAUACCCAAACCGUUUUCCCUGCAAAGAAACACCACCAUCCGUCCAAUCAAAGCCCCGAAAACUGAAAUCGAAAGAUUCCCUCGAGCCACCUCUUCUGAUAACCUUGACUUAUUGAGUUUUACAAAGCCUGCUGAUACUCGUGUUGGUGAUCUAAAAACACCAGGAUCACUAAAACUGGACUCAAACGGCACCUCUAAUGGGUGUAAUAAAAGCACUGGUCCUAAACCUGUCCCACUUUGCACAAAACCUGACUUGUUGGCUAAUACUAAACCAGAACCAAAUAGGAAUGCUGACAAAACAGAUUCUGAUCACCAAACAGGUACAAACAUAAAGCCAGAGUGGACAAAUGUCACUGCCACCUCUGCUGAAGACUUGAAGGAGGUUCCACCCAGAAGCAGGACAAAAUCCUUGGGUGUUCAGGAUAAACAAAAACUCAAACAGAGUCCAGAAGGAGAAACAGCAACCAGUAAGACUGACGCAGAAGGUAAUUUACCAAUCUGGCCACGUAGAAAUCGUCUCUCCAUGGAACUGACCUCUAGGUUUGAGUCACAUUUGCAGCUGGAGAAGGAGGUUAAUUCUGUUAGAAGAGACAGUGAGAAAGAGAGGCCACCAAAUUCACCUUCUGAAGAGUCCAAUUUGAAGUCUUCAGAGCCACUAGUGGAAACAGGAGAGAUGGGGGGUGAGGAGGUCAGCGUAAGAAGCAUUAAGAGACGUAUCGGUCUCCUUUUCGACCGUUCUACAGCCUCUCAACACAGGGACUCUUUCAACAAAAGAGACGCCACACUUUCAGAAAUAUCUGUUGACAUUAAACAGAGAAUCAAGAAUCUAAGCUUAAACUCACAUGAACUGAGGAUCCGUCUACCAUCCACUGGUGCACUUAAAUGUCCAAUUGAGAAGACACCAAGCAACUCAGACGAGCUUCCGUUUGAUGAGAAAGCACUUGAAAAACCAGCAGAUUCGAAAAAUAGAUCACAACGACCACUAGGGAAACAGGCUGCUGAUAAACCAUCAAGUUCGACAGAGGUUCAGCCAUUUGCCGGAGCUGAGCGAAUGAGUGGAGAACUUGACAAAGUCAUCGAGAACAAACCUGACAUCAAUGUGAAAGCUAAGGAGGCUCCUACAUCCAACUUUGGGUUUGAGAAGAACGUACUGAUUGAGGACAAGAACUCCAUUGAUGAGGAGAAUGAUGAAGUUGUAGAGUACAAGGAGAAUUACAUCCCUGUGCCUUUGUAUCAGAGGGUUGGGAUUGGCAAAGAUGCGGUGACAAAGAGAGAAGAAGAAGAAAUACAGCAGAAGGAAGAGCAGUUAGAGAAACAGCUUGAAAGGGAAAGACUUUUGGAAGAAGAGAGGAUGGCAAAAAAAGAAAUUGAGAGACAGCAAGAGGAGGAAUGGAAACAUGCUGGGGAAGAGAAACGCUUGGAAGAUGAAAGAAGGAAGCAAGAGAGAACACAGAAAGAAGAAAGGCAAAGACAGAUGGAAGAAAGAAGAAAACAAGAGGAAGAUGAAAGGAAACAGGUCGAAAAAGAGAGGGAGAAACAACGAAUGCUGGAGAGAUUAGAAAAAGAGAGACAGCUCGAAGAGGAAAUGAGCAGGAUUGAAGAAGAAAGGAAAAAAGAGAGACAGAGAGAGGAGGAAAGAUUGAGACUAGAGAAAGAGAGAGAGCUAAAGGAGGAGAAGAGAAGAAAUGAGGAGGAAAUACUGAGACAGGAAAAAGAAAAAGAGAGAGAAAUGGAGGAAAGAAGACAGAUUGAAGAGGAGGAGAGACUGAGACAGGAAAGAGAAAAGGAGAGACUGAAGAAGGAGAAAGAGAUGGAGGAAGAGAGAAGACGAAUUAAAGAGAUGGAGAGGCUGAAAGAGGAGGAACAAUUGAGACAGCAAAGGGAAAAAGAGAGAAUAAGGAAAGAGAAAGAAAUGGAGGAAGGGAGAAGACAAAUUGAAGAGAUAGAAAGACAGAAAGAGGAGGAAAGACUGAGACAGGAAAAAGAGAGACUACAGAAAGAAAGAGAAAUGGAGGAAGGGAGAAGACGAAUUGAAGAGAUGGAAAGACAGAAAGAGGAGGAAAGACUGAGACAGGAAAAAGAGAGACUACAGAAAGAAAGAGAAAUGGAGGAAGAGAGAAGACGACUUGAAGAGAUGGAAAGACUGAAAGAGGAAAGACUGAGACAGGAAAAAGAGAGACUACAGAAAGAGAAAGAAAUGGAGGAAGGGAGAAGACGAAUUGAAGCAAUGGAAAGACAGAAAGAGGAGGAAAGACUGAGACAGGAAAAAGAGAGACUAGAGAUGGAAAGACAGAAAGAGGAGGAAAGACUGAGACAGGAAAAAGAGAGACUAGAGAUGGAAAGACAGAAAGAGGAGGAAAGACUGAGACAGGAAAGAGAGAGACUACAGAAAGAAAGAGAAAUGGAGGAAGAGAGAAGACGACUUGAAGAGAUGGAAAGACUGAAAGAGGAAAGACUGAGACAGGAAAAAGAGAGACUACAGAAAGAGAAAGAAAUGGAGGAAGGGAGAAGACGAAUUGAAGCAAUGGAAAGACAGAAAGAGGAGGAAAGACUGAGACAGGAAAAAGAGAGACUAGAGAUGGAAAGACAGAAAGAGGAGGAAAGACUGAGACAGGAAAAAGAGAGACUAGAGAUGGAAAGACAGAAAGAGGAGGAAAGACUGAGACAGGAAAGAGAGAGACUACAGAAAGAGAAAGAAAUGGAGGAAGGGAGAAGACGAAUUGAAGCAAUGGAAAGACAGAAAGAGGAGGAAAGACUGAGACAGGAAAAAGAGAGACUAGAGAUGGAAAGACAGAAAGAGGAGGAAAGACUGAGACAGGAAAGAGAGAGACUAGAGAUGGAAAGACAGAAAGAGGAGGAAAGACUGAGACAGGAAAGAGAGAGACUAGAGAUGGAAAGACAGAAAGAGGAGGAAAGACUGAGACAGGAAAGAGAGAGACUAGAGAUGGAAAGACAGAAAGAGGAGGAAAGAUUGAGACAAGCAAGAGAAAUGGAGAGAAUAAGGAAAGAAAAAGAAAAGGAGGAAGAUAGAAGGCAAAUUGAAAAGAUUGAAAGACAGAAAGAGGAGGAAAGAUUGAGACAGAAAAUAGAAAAAGACAGACUAAGAAAAGAAAGAGAAAUGGAAGAAGAGAGAAGACUAAUUGAAGAAGAGAGACAGAGAGAGGCGGAACGAUUGAAAGAGGAAAAAGAAAAUGAAAGAUUAAAGAAAGAAAGAGAGAUGGAAAAGUGUAUAGAAGUAGAGAAAUUGAGAGAAGAAUUUCCUACAAGUUACAAUUUGAUCUCUUUUGACUCAGAGGAGCCAGUGCUAUCACAGAGUCUAGUGUCCAGCGACAAUGUCUCGCCUCAACUCGCUGAAGUUCUUUACGAUGACUUUUCAGUAAAACCACGGAGAUGGGGAACCCAGGCCAGACAUUCCUCAACACCAUCCCCAUCCAGAGAACCUCCUGCAGUUGAUGUGAUUCCUGAGCAGCUGGACCCAAAGCCAGAAUCCAGGUCCAAUGGAUACCAAGCACUACUUGGCAAUCAGGUAUAUGUGGAUGACCUGAUUGGAUUUGAACCUGCACCUUCCAAUAUGCAGAAGCCUUCCAGAAAUCAACUCCAGGCUGUGGACUCCGAACCAGAGUUUUGGUCUAAUCCAAAAACAGAAUCACCUGCAAUAUGGCUUGAUGGGAUCACAUCACAUGAGGGUCAGUUACAAGAAAGUGCACUUGAGGAAGAUGAAGUUACUGAACAGGAUCUUAUAAAGGAAUUUGACAACCUUGAUGAAAUCAACAACACUGUUGAUGAUCUCGUCGCAGAGAGCAGAAACGUUCAAGCUCUACAAAGGGUUAAACGUAAAAGUAAAACUGAUUCAGACCCUACAAAUGCCCCAGGUCAAGAGGAGCCUGAAAGUCUUCAUUUUCCAGAGUCCUCAGCUCCUCUCCUGGACUCCAGCGUGUUUCGAUCGAAGGUUGAUCUGGGAAAGAAACGGAGCAUCAAGCGUUCCAGACCAUCACGAGCCAUCCGACAGAGAGCAGCGCUGCCUACGCUGACAGAGGGAACACACCCCGACUGGAGGUUCUGUGACUCCACAGAUGUAACAGCUCAGUGUUCCAAUGGAGGAGACUCCGAAUCAGAAGAGGAGCCGUCCAAAGAUUCCACUUCCUCUCCAGCACCCAGUCAGCCGAAGAGAGUUCCACUGUUUCCUGGAAUGGACCAAUCGGCCCUCAUGGCCCAGCUGAAGAGGAGAAGUGGAGCAGUGGAAACAGACACUCCAUCAGAAGGACUGACGACACCCCCUGUGCCCACACACUCGCCCUGCACACCCACCAUGUCCCUCAGCCCUAGAGUGCUGCCCUCUUUGGAUUCCAAAGACAGUGGCUCUGGACCUUCACCGUCAUGGCUGCUUGAGCUCAAAUCCAAGAAGCGCGCAAGUCAACCUGAGAGUGAAGCGUGAAGCUUGAGUCUCAAGAAACUCAGAUUGGAUGCAGUUUUAGGAAGUGCUCCAUAAAGGAAGUUCUUUGUGCCUCACUGUGAUGUCUGAAAGCUUCCAAAGAAACCGACUUCUACAUGACAAGUGCAAUUAAUAUUUGUAUUAAUUUGUAUCUGUUUUUAGUUUGUUUUUCCUCCUGGACUAAUAGUUACAAGUGCUCAUGUUCAGAGUUUUUGGAGCCAUUACCAAUAAGUCUUUUCCUCAUAAUGCACCAUUUUACAUUUUAAUGUCACAUGCAAAAAGCCAGCAUUAUUCAAGAUUAAAUCCUGUUUACACCUAUCAGUCUUGGACCAAUGCAAACCUUAUCUUUACAGUUGGUUUAUUUCCGUUUACAUUUAUUCAUUGUGCAGAUGCUUUUAUUCAAAGUGAAUUACAAAUCAGAAAAGUCUUACAACUGAUUCAUCUUAAGAUGUAAAUACAGUUCAAGCAAUGGCAAGAUACUCUCACAUUGUCUUUUGUAAAUAGUCUGUCUCUGAUCAUGAAAGAAGCAGAUAACUGUAUAGCUCCCUAGUACAAUGCACUUUAAUGAGUCAGACCACUGGUAAAAGUGCCUUAGGGGUUUUAGGCAAUAUAUUGCAUUUAGAUUUUAAAUCAGUUCUUUUAUACUUCAUUUAAAGUCACAUACUGUCAUGUUUCUAAAAGUCUGUAAACUGUAAACCACACUGAGACUGAUCCUGACAUAUACAACAUGUAAUUGCUAUGUAAAUCACCCUUUUCCUUUCCUUUUUUGAUUUAUUAAUUUUUACAAAAUGUGCCAUGACUUCAAAGCCAAUUUUUAUUGAACAGUACUUGAAACCUUAAAGAAAAACAUGUAAAAGUAAAUCUACAGUGGAAGUCACUCAAGCAGCUAAUAUACUGCAUGCAAUCUGUUUAAUUAAUUAAUUGUUUUCCAUUUAUUUUUCAGUACUUUAAUUCUAUCUACAAAAGGAGCUACUGAGCAGAAAAGCAUUAAUUGGUAUGCUUUGAUUUUGCCGAUUACCAUUUUACCACUUUUUUGUUUACAAUGUCUUGACCUGCCAAUGAGCACUUUCGUAAAACACAUAUCAGAAUUGCAGUCUUGUAUAUUAAAGGAACAGU